GCCCGCCGUAUCGGCGGUAUAUAAACAUUGUAACCUCUGCUAUUUUGUGAUGAUCGGUAAAAGUCAGUAGAAAUGUCAAUGCAGAAGCGACAAUCCGCCGCGAUUUUUCAUCCAACAACAUAAGCUCGUCCGAUUACGUCAUAUAUCGACACUAUUCCCCGUGGAGAUAUGGAACUCCUGCGAAAUCUGGUCACUCGUAAUUUAAGGCGCUCGCUCCUGAAAACACCCGCGACCCGCUUGCAACACGCGCGAUACAUCAGAUUGGCGGAAGUUGGCAAAUUGGAGACACCAAAAUUGCAGGGAAAAUACGAAACUGGUCAAUUAAUUUUACACAGAGUCUUUGGCUAUCGAGGCGUGAUCCUGUUUCCAUGGCUGGCGAGAGUGUACGACAGGGAUGUAUCCAAUAAGAAAGACGAAAGGGGCAACAAUUUCAAUGGCGUCGGCGAGAAAGAAGUGAAAGGUAGAACGCACACGUUCUAUCAGGUCUUGAUAGAUCAGCGGGAUUGUCCUUACAUACGCGCUCAAACAGAAGCGGUAACUUUUUUGGGCAACCAUGAAAGCAGUCGCAGCUUGUACGCUAUUCCGGGAUUAGACUACGUUGCUCACGAGGACGUGUUACCGUACACCACGAACGAGAAAGCGGCGCUGCAACAUGAAUUGUUCGACAAGUUCCUUAUCUAUCAUCCGGACAAGGAACCGUGCUUCGUGGCGCAGGAGACGCUUCGGGCGUGGCAGAAGAAGAAUCAUCCAUGGCUCGAAUUAUCAGACGUACACAAAGAAACGACCGAGAAUAUUCGAAUUACCGUUAUCCCGUUCUACAUGGGCUGCAGGGAGAGUCAAACCACCUCUGUGUAUUGGUGGCGCUAUUGUAUUCGACUAGAGAAUUUGGGUGAAUUGAGCGUGCAGCUACGUGAAAGACACUGGAGAAUAUUCAGCCUGUCGGGUACUCUGGAGACUGUCAGGGGGAGAGGUGUAGUAGGCCAAGAACCUGUCCUAUCGAAAGCUUUGCCCGCUUUUCAGUACAGCAGUCACGUGAGCUUGCAGGCUCCUAGUGGUCACAUGUGGGGAACGUUUCGAAUGGAGAGAGAGGAUGGAUAUGCAUUCGACUGUAGAAUACCGCCGUUCUCUCUAGAAUCGAAAGCGGAAGAAUCAUCUACACCUAACGUGGAAAUCUAAUCCUGAUCCUCCAAAGAAGGGAAACGUUUGAUUGCAAGCGAUCAUUAGUUAGUUAAGAUGUGUAACGAUUAUUAGAUGACGACAAUGCAGUUUCAAGUCCAAUUACGGAUAAACAUGACUCAAAGGUGUACCUUGUGAUAAUUUUUGAAAUCAAUUUUCAACAUAAUCUCAAUAAAAAUUAUAGUGUAUAUAUUUCCUCCUGAAAA